UCAAACUGUGGUUUCUGAACUUGGUAUCUUAUCGAAAUUUCUUAUCAUAUUUUCAAUACCUUUUUAUCUCUCACAAAGGGCGUUAAAGAAAUCCCUCUUCUCUCUCUCUUCAACUGUUUUAUCUUUACUAGAGCUUUCACCAUCUUAGAUUUAGUUGUUGAUCACAAUGGUUCAUAUAGACAUACCUAGGGAAUAUGGCUAUGUUUGUUUCUCUUGUGGGAACCUCUUCAAUUUUUAUCUCACUCUGGCAUGGUAUUAGAGUUGGAAUGGCACGUAAGAAGUUUGGAAUAAAGUACCCUAUAAUGUACAGUGAUACUAACAAUGUUUUCAACUGUUUACAACGAGCACAUGGAAAUUUUCUGGAAAACUAUCCACAAUUUUUGUUUACACUACUCUGUGGUGGUUUGUCCUAUCCAAAAUUAAGUGCUUGUGCUGGAGUUGUUUACCUUCUAGGAAGAAUAGCAUAUGCAAAAGGUUAUUCAACUGGAGAUCCUGAGAAACGCUAUAGGGGAAUGUUUAUGCAUUUUGGAAUGCUGACACUUCUUUUCACUACUGGACACUUUGCCGUUAGCCUUUUGGGAUGGAUUUAAGCAACUUGUUUUACAUUUCAUAAAUCUUUUGAAUAAUUUUGAUAAUAAAAAUACUGAAUAAAGUUCUAUAUAGUAAAA